UAUAAAGGCCCAGCAUCACACACUGGUCACUGAUACACUUAAAGUUAUCAACUCAACAUGUACAGGCUUUUUGUUUUGGCCGCUGUAGUAGCUGUAGCUAGGGCUGGAGUCGUCGGCGCUCCCGCUGUCGUCGCCCCAGGCGCUCCCUUGGCUUACGGUGGAUACGCCAGAGGACUCGGCUACGCCGCCCCAGUAGCCCAUGUGGCCCAUGCCCCGGUAGCUUACGCCGCCCAUGCCGCUCCCGUCGCUUACGCCGCCCAUGCCGCCCCUGUCGCUUACGCCGCCCAUGCCGCCCCUGUCGCUUACGCCGCCCCUGUCGCUAAGGCCGUCGUAGCCGCCCACGCCGCCCCCGUCCUCGCCAAGACCGUCGUCGCUGACGAAUACGACCCCCAUCCCCAAUACAGCUACGCCUACGAUGUUCAAGAUGCCCUCACCGGUGACUCCAAGAGCCAACACGAAACCCGUGACGGAGACGUCGUCCACGGAAGCUACUCCCUCGUAGAAGCCGACGGAACCCGCCGUACCGUCGACUACACCGCCGACCCCGUCAACGGAUUCAACGCCGUCGUCCACAAGGAAGCCGCCGUCGUUAAGGCCGCCGUCGCCGCCCCCGUCGUCGCUAAGGUCGCCGCCCCCGUUGCCUAUGCUGCUCACGCCGCCCCCGUCGCUUACGCCGCUCACGCCGCCCCCGUCGCCUACGCCGCCGCUCCCGUCGUCGCCAAGGUCGCCACCCCCGUCGCUUACGCCGCUCACGGAUACGCCGCCCCCGCCUACUACCAUCAUUAAAUUGUAUCAAUCUGAUGUAAAUAUUUAUUUAUAAAUUUAAAUUGAAAAUUCA